UUUACACCUGCAGCCCAACACGAUCCCCGCUGACAGGGGCUGCGGCCAGUCAGUCACCCCACAGCAGGAACUGCUCCGCCAGCGAGAGCUUACAGAUUAUCGGCCGUUCAGCGGGAGUCGGGGUUAUCAUCACUGUCCUCUGGCUGGCCAAGGCCGUCCCUCCAGCUGUCCACCAUGGACGUGACUGAUGUAGAACAGAUAACUUUGGCUCUGUUAGAUGCAGCCAACGAUAAAGACACAGAGGUCCAGGAGCAAGUCAGAAAGUCUCUGUUAACUCUGGGAAAACAGCAGCCAGACCGAGUGCUGGCCAUGUGUCAGGACUACCUCCUGAAACACCCCAAGCUGGUGGUGAGCCACAGAGUGGUGAUUCUGCGAACUAUCGAGCUGAUCGUCGGCUGCAGGAUUGACGAAAUCAGCGGUCCCCAAAUAAAGAGCAUUAUCAUCUUGGCUUCAGAAGAAAUGACUCGAUCAAAGGAGGUGGUCCCCGACUGGCAGCAGGCAGCCAGUAAUAUCCUGGUGGCUGUGGGCAACAAACACAUCAACGAUAUCAUGGAGGAGAUUCUCAGCAAGUUUCAGCCUGGAGUCUUGCCUCACUUCUUUGUGGUUCAGACACUUGCUAAUCUGUCAGAUUCAAACGUUUAUGGCAUGGUACCCUUCCUCAACGCUAUUCUGGGCACCAUGUUGCCCAUGCUGAACAUUGCCAAGCAGGACAACAUGAAGUGGGUCUUUUCCUCUGCUUUGUGUCACUUCAGUGACAGCAUUUUGGAGUACUUGGCCAACCUGGAUAAAGCUCCUGAUCCCACUGUCAGAAAAGACACAUUUUCCAGUGAAAUCUAUUGUGCCUUUGACACCCUCUUCAAUAACUGGUUACAAAGCAGGGAGCCCAAGCUGAGGCUGACGGUGGCGGAGGCCGUGGGCUCCAUGUGCCACCUGAUGGCCAGCGACAAGCUGGAGGAGCAAAUUCCCAAAAUCGUUCCUGCCAUCCUGUCGCUGUACAAGAAAAACAACGAGCACUACAUCAUCAGCAAGAGUCUCUGCCAAGUCCUGGAGGCGUCUGUCAACAUGGGCAGCAGAGUGCUGGAAACACAGCUGGACAGUCUGCUCUUCGCCCUGCAUCUCCAGGUGUCUGCCCCCGUGGAUUACAACAACCCACAGACGGUCAAAAACCACAACGAGGUCCUGCGAUGCUUCAGCCUGCUUGUUAAAGCGUUCCCAGACCGGCUGGUCAUGUUUGUUCUUCAGAAACUGGAAAACAGUAAUGAGCGGAACAGGAUCGGCUCGCUGGCUGUGCUGCGUCACCUCAUCAACUCCAGCACUUCUACCAUGGAAGGCAAAAAGCUCCUGAUUCUGGCCAGUAUCAGACAGCCCAUGGCUGACCACAGCAACAAGGUGAAGAAGCGUGUGGUCCAGAUCAUCAGUGCUAUGGCUCAUCAUGGAUACCUGGAGCUGGAUGGAGGAGAAUUACUGGUUCGAUUCAUAGUUCAGCACUGUGCUUUACCCGACACACACCAGCCAGGUCAGAGGCCCUUUGAUCCAGAGGAAGUCACUAACGAGGCACUGAGGACGAUGUGUGACAACACCCUUCAUCUCCUGACCACCACUGUCGGACGGCUAGCUGAUGUUCUAUGGCCAAAGCUGCUGCACUAUUUGACCCCCCCACAGUACAGCAAUGCCACCACUCCUCUCUGCAAGAGUCUGAUCGUGUUGGGAACCAAGAAGAAAAGUAACGAGGAGGCCAGCUUUAAAAUAGACUUCAUACAAGAAGUCAAUCUUCCGUCUCCUCAAACAAUAAUGAUCAGAUUGCUGGUGAACGCAGCUUUCCCCUUCAGUUGCAGAAAUCACGGAGCUCCGUCCCUGUCUCUGCUCCAGAUCCUGAAUGUCAACAUUCACCCCAAAACAGAGUCCCUCUGGGAGAGCGAGAUCCCUCCUCUGCUCUCAAUAUUAGAGGAGUCAACGGCAGACAGUCUGGACAAGCAGCAGUGGGAGGAGAAGAUACUGAAGCUCUUGUCCAAAACUAUAGCAUCGAUUGAUGAGGAGAAGUGGGCGUCUCAGUUAGCAACUGAGGCAACAAGAUACCUCUCUACUUAUAACAACGCUUUGGAGGAGAAGAGCUUUCUUUACCGCUGCAUUGGAGUGACUCUCCAGCAGUGUUUCAAUAAGGAGGUGGUUAAAAAGCAGCUGCAGGAAGUCCUGCUCACCGCACGGCACAACGACGCAGUCGAAAGAGAGGGAGUCUCGAUGGGCGUCGGCCUGUGUGCCAACAGCCACUUAGAGGGAACUCUGGCCAAGCUGGACGAGUUCGGCAAAUCCGAUGCCUUCAAGAAGUCGCCGAGCAUCUUCAACUUGCUCAAAGAGCGUAACGACGUGGAGGUGGAGAAGGUGAAAAGCACGCUCAUCCUGUGCUACGGCCAGGUGGCUCUGAACGCUCCUCCCGAUAAGAUACUCAACCGCAUUGAUCAGGACAUCCUGCGCUGCAUCAGCAAGCACUUCAACACCAAGGUUCUGGGGAUUAAAGUAGAGACAAAGGACCUCACGAUGAAGCUCAGUUUGAUUCAGAGUGUGGGACACAUUGGAAAAGCCAUCAGCGAGUGCGUGAAGAAACAAGGCUACGUCUUCUCUCGCAAGCAGGAGCUCAUUACAGUCAUGCUGGAUUUUAUCAAAGCAGAGUCUGCAGAUUCACUGAGGACUCCAGUGCGCCACCUGGUGAUGACCACAUGUGCCAACCUUAUGCCGCUGGACCCUCAGCUGAGCGAGAAUGAGAGCUUUGACUUGCUCAAGGUGUGUGUCAACAGUGCGUUGUCUCUGCCGCCUGAAACACACACUCCCGAGAAACUUAAAGAAGAGGAAAUACUUGACCCCAAGCAACGAAAGGCUUUGUACAGAGACACCAUGGCUGCUCUGCAGGAGCUGCUGAAGAGUGUUCUGGCCAGGGACCCCACUCCUGACGGCCUGCAAAGUGUUUUCAAGCACAUUGAGUCCUGGUUGAGUUCUGGACAGGAUCAUGAGAGGGAGCGGGCUGUCACCGCCACUGCUCACAUACUGGCUUUUUAUCUGGAUAACCUGACCGUCAAGAACAUGGUGUCUUUCCACAACCUCGGAGCCCUGCUGGGUCGACUCUCUCCUCGAUGCUCUGACCCUCAUCCUGCUGUCCGCGCUGCUGCGAUGGACUGUAUCUACACACUGAUUUACAUACAGCUGCGAUAUGAAGGUUUCGCUUUAGAUUAUAAGGACGAAGGUGUGGACUCUCUGCUGCUCUUAAAGAAUCAACUAGAAAACCCCGACCACUCCAUUCUCUACAAAACCUGCUCAGACCUCACAAAGGUGAUGAGUAAGCGUCUGCCUCAGCAGCAGCUGGCCACGUUGGUGUUCAUGUUGUUUGAAGGGCUGGUGGACAGCCAGACAAACUGCUCCAGAGCGUCUUCUGUCAUCCUUAAUACUCUCCUGAAGAACAGAGGAGCGGGGCUGCAAGACUUGGUCCCCGAGAUGCUGGAGGUGCUGCAUGUGCGUCUGCAGAGCAUCACAGAGGAGCAGGUGAGAGUUGCUGUUGGCCAGACGGUGCUCAUCCUGGCUUCUCAGCACCUCCAGACUGUCAUCAACACAUUGAUUAACCAGCCUCUCCCUUACGACAACUGGACGUGUGAGAUGUGGAUGGCUCUGGGGGCAGACCCCAUUGUAGCCAGUCAGAUCAUGGAGAUGGUGAUGGAGAAGCUUCUCAUCAGUGCGCCGUACAUGGACAAUCAGUCCAUGAUGAGGGGAGGGUCCACCAAGAUGGCCACCAAUCAGCCGCUCGCUAUGACUUGCGGCCUCAGAGAGCUGCUGCUGAACGGCCAGAGUCAGGAGCCGGCGGUCAGUCUGUUUCCCCGGCUCUUCUCCUGUCUCACCAUCAGAGUCGGCGCAAGCGUUGGAGUCGCUGCACCAAAGAUCAAAAACACUAAACAAACGGCCCACAUACAUGUAGCAGGGGUGGCGGCUGAGGCACUCAGAAUUUUGUUAGCGCGAGCGCAGUUGGAUGAAGUGAUGAAGAGACUGGAUGAAGACAACGCCUGGGACGCACUGAAGGAGCCGUCCACACACACGACGGGGAUCACACUACUAGCAAGGGCAAUGGCAAAGCAUGCUGGUCCCAGGUUGCCUGCGAUUGUGGAGUGUUUGUGUCCGUCCUUGAACAACAUCUAUGAGUGUCAGAGGAUCACAGUGACGGCCUUCUUUUCUGAGCUGUUGAACCAUCAUGUGGUGACGGAGCUGAUGCUGAUAGACGUCCUGAUGAACAACAUGAUGGAGAGGAUAUCGGAUCCCUGCUGCACCGUUCGCAUGCUGGCUGUGCGAGGGCUGGGGAACAUAGCAGUGGGAUCUCCUGAAAAGGUGAAUAAAUAUGCCAAAGAGCUGCUGGCAGCUAUGAGCUCAGGAAUGGAGGAGAAAGACGACCCCGGUAAAUUGAUUACCCUUGAAGCCAUGUCUGGUUUGUCUAAAGUUCUGCUCUACCUGGACGAGAAGAACGUCCACCUGCUCGUCGUGUACAUCUUCAUGAAGAUCAAGCCAUUCUUGGAAAGUGAGAACGACGAUAUCCGCUGCGCGUCCAUCAAUCUGAUGGGGAGCCUGUCCAAGUUUGGCUCCGGAGAGCAAGUGUUCAAAGACCAGAUCCACAACGUCCUGGUCAGCCUGCUGUUACACCUGGUCGACCCAAACCCUGAGGUGGUCAAGGCGUGCAAGUAUGCGAUGCGAGUGUGUGCUCCUGUGGUGGGAUCGGAGCAGAUCACAGCCAUGUUUCAGAACCACCUCCAUGACGACAAGAGCUUGCACUAUGGAGAGUUUAUCAACGACCUCACUAAAUACCUGAUUCAGGAUUUCCCCGGCAUGCUGAACUUCUACCACAUCUCAGUCGUCCAGUUCUUCAAGAGUAGCUGGGCCGAGGUCAGAGCAGGAGCGGCCAUGUUUAUAGGGUUUUUGCUGGUGAAUCUUCCAGAAGAGCAUCUCUCCCACCUCAACAUGGGCACCAUCAGUAAAGGUUUAGUGAUGUUGCUCCAGGACCCAGACCCUGUGGUGAGGGUGAAAGCUGCAGAGGCCAUGGGACACUUCCAUUAACACACACACGCACACACACACACACACGCACACGCACAGCAUAGAAAUACUGUGCAGUUUACAAAAAUAUCCUGCACCCCUUAUAAAAAAAACAAAAAAAAGUGUAGCAGCUAAAUAUUUGCUGAUCGUGGUACCUCCAAACAGAUAUUGAACCAAAACUUGGACCAAAACCG